ACGUGGUCCUAUGUACAAUAUGUAACAUCGUAGACCACCCUAUCCCCCAGCACUGGCAGCCGAUAGUAACACCUUCUCUACCUCCCGCUAUCAAUCAAUGGAGGCAGACGCCUUGAGAUCUUAACUCCCCACAAAGCCUUCCAUCACACUGGCAGGCCGCGACAAUGGUCCUCCUCAUCGCAACCCCUCGCAUACUCGAUGCGAUCUCAUCCCUCUCCCCCUCCGAACGCUCAUCCCUCCCGUCUCCUCUACCUACCACACCAGGCUCUCCAAUCGAGCACGCCUCCAUCAUCGCGCUCGCACGUCUUCUAUCUCGGUCUCACUCUCAGACCUCUCAAACUUCAACUCACUUAAACCAUGGACCACCAACACCAACGGCGCCAAAUAACUUGAGCCUGAACACCCUCCUCCGCGGCGCCCAUGUCUACAUCCCUCCUCCGCCGCCUAAACCCCAACCUUCGCCGGAAUACAUGGCCCUGAUGGCCCGUUUACGCAAAGACCAAGAGCGCCGAGAGUACGCUGCUCUAGUAUCUAGACAGAAGCACUCCGACGUUCUGGCAGAAGAUGACGAAGACGAAGAUGCAACAAAAGACGACAUCAGUCCGUCCUUGGUGUUGAACAUUCUACUCAGCGUCGUUAUGUGUGCUUGCGCCAUGUUCUACCUGACGAGGUGGUGGGGCAACGACGGCUUACGGGUGCUGGUGUCGUUGUUCUCGGGCAUCAUUGUCGGUGUCUCCGAAGUCACGGUCUACGCGGGCUAUCUGCGCAAAGUCCGGCUGAGCAAACAUAAGGAAAGGGCCAAGCGUGAGAAGAAGGUUUUUAUCGGGGAGUACCGUGGAGGCGAAGAAAAAGACAGCAACAGCGAGUCACUGCUACCCUCUUCUGCGGCCGCCGAGAAAGAAGAAAUCUGGGGCCGCGGAGUCAAUGGCGGAAUGAGAAGAAGGCUUAGAGACAAGUGGAAGAAGGAACAGGAACAAGAACAAAAGCAGCAGGCUUCAUGAUAUGACACAUAACGAAUUAUGAACAAAAAUCGUAUUUCUAUCCAAUCCAUCCAAAGGGCUCCCACGCUCUAUGACGCUAUAUUAAGGCAUAUUCUCACAAUUCCUUAUAUCCGCC